AGUGGUCCAAGUUCUUCAGCCAUUUAGGAGACUUGACUAUUUUUAUUUGUAUUGAAUCAUUUCAACGGAUUUCCCAAGAGCCAAGAAGGGCCAACCUGUAGGGAGGAGGAGGAGUUGGACGUGAGGCAUCUUCUAAGGGAGUCUUCUAGUUGGUAUGAUGAAACGGCAACAAAAGAGGAAAUAUCUGGAAAAUGAAGAGUCCCAGGAAACUGCCGAGAAGGGAGGAGGAAUCUCGAAGUCACAAGAGGAUCCCCCUCAGCUUGGAUCCACUGUGGUGGCCCAAGGCUGCAGCCCAGGGGCAGGGGAGGUCUCCUCUGCCUCUGAAUACUUCUCCUGUGCUUCUUCUUGGCGCAAGCUCAUCUACGGUGGAAUCCGGAGAUUACAUCGAGACACUCCCCAGCCUAGAGCACCCCUAGCCCAGGUUCAGGAACAAGGGGAGACCACUCCCCCAUCACAGUGUGUCUCCUUCUCAUCCCCUUCAUCCUGUAAGACCUCUCUGUGUACAAACAAAGAGGAAAGGGGCAUGAAAAUAUACUACACGCGGGUACAAGUGAACAAGGGUGUAGCUGUCUCCUGGGAGACAGAGAAACCCUUGGAGUUGCUAGAAAAGCAGCUGAGGAGAGAAGUGACCCUUCCUGAGGAUGUGCGGGUAGGUCCUCCCCCCUCUGAUGUGUCCACCGGAAACCUCCUGUCUGGUAGUGAGCUCACUGGGGAGGUGAAAGAGUAUGAGGAAAGGGCAGAGCCAGACAGCCCAGCAGGGUCACCUGCAGUCGAGGAAAGACCUAGGGCCAAGACACCGGACUGGCUGGUGACCAUGGAGACCGGCUUCAGGUGCAUGGCCUGCUGCCGGGUCUUCCCCACCUUGGAGAUCCUCCAGCAGCACGUGCAGUACGGCGUCCAGGAGGGCUUCAGCUGCCAUGUCUUUCAUCUCACCAUGGCCCAGCUGACGGGCAAUGCGGAAUCCGAGAGCACCCCUGAGGAGGAGGUGGAGGAGGAGGAGGAGAAAGAGAAGCAAGAAGCAAAGGGGAAUGAGGAGGAGCAGCCCACGGGGGGAGACCUCAGCCCGGGGAGACCCUGGAGCCAGUGUCCAGGCCGUGUGCUUCAUUCUCCGAAGGACAGGAAGUGA